GCGCGGUCACUCAGAGCCGAGUCAUUGACAGAACUGCCCGCUUCCACUGAGCACCCAGAACGUAGCAAAAUGCCAACCGAAUACCCAGCCCUCACCACCGAGCAGAAGAAGGAGCUCCAUGAGAUCGCACAGCGCAUCGUGGCCACCGGCAAGGGCAUCCUGGCCGCCGAUGAGUCCACAGGCAGCAUUGCCAAGCGCCUGACCUCCAUCGGCGUAGAGAACACCGAGGAGAACCGCCGCUUCUACCGCCAGCUGCUCUUCACCGCCGACGACAGAGUCAACCCCUGCAUCGGUGGCGUCAUCUUGUUCCACGAGACCCUCUACCACAAGGCAGACAGCGGCGCCCUAUUCACCAAGGUCAUCAAGGACAAGGGAGCCGUGGUGGGAAUCAAGGUUGACAAAGGUGUCGUCCCUCUGGCCGGAACCAACGGAGAGACCACAACACAGGCUUUUGCUGACUUCGCCAAGUGGCGUUGUGUCCUGAAAAUCUCUGACCACACCCCCUCUCGCCUCGCCAUCAUUGAGAAUGCCAACGUGCUCGCUCGCUAUGCCAGCAUUUGCCAGCAGAACGGUAUUGUCCCCAUUGUGGAGCCUGAAGUUCUCCCUGAUGGUGACCAUGAUCUGAAGAGGUGCCAGUACGUCACCGAGAAGGUCCUGGCUGCUGUGUACAAGGCCCUCAGUGACCACCACGUCUACCUGGAGGGAACUCUGCUCAAACCCAACAUGGUGACCCCUGGCCACGCCUGCACCAAGAAGUUCGCCCCCGAGGAGGUUGCCUGUGCAACAGUCACCGCCCUGAGGCGCACCGUGCCUCCCGCAGUCACCGGUAUCACCUUCCUGUCCGGAGGUCAGAGUGAGGAGGAGGCCACUGUUCACCUGAACGCCAUCAACAAGUGCCCCCUGGUUAAGCCCUGGACCCUGACCUUCUCCUACGGCCGUGCCCUCCAGGCCUCUUGCCUUAAAGCCUGGAGCGGAAAGAAAGAGAACGUCAAGAACGCCCAAGAGGAAUACACCAAGCGUGCACUGGCCAACAGCCUGGCUUGCCAAGGAAAGUACGUCUCCUCUGGCCAAGGUGGUGCAGCCGCCGGAGAGUCCCUCUUCGUCUCCAACCAUGCCUAUUAAAGUUUCCUCUGCCUAUUCUUUGUGGUGGUGUCACUGGAGGCUGCUUGCGUCUGUGUAGUGUGAGGAGCCCCCCCUCUGCAGAGCAACAUUUCACUUCCUGCUAG